AUGGCGCAUUACAUAUCAACAUUAGCUGAGAAUUCGUUACUAGGACCUCCAGUUAUUGAACGGAGACCCCAAGCAAAGAAAUGGCGACGGCAGUGCGAACCUCAUUAUCCGCAGAGGGGCCUGAACCCGCUGGAAAAAAGGGCUCACAGAGCAGCCGUGAUCGAAGCUCUCACCAUCAAUGUCGACGAAGGACUGGAUGGCUUCGUGUCGGGAUUCCUUCACAUGCCCCCGGACUUCAUCAAACCGGCACCGACAACUCACCAUCGCACAGCCGCGAUACUCCUCUCCGGGGCGGGCGGCGGCGUUACAGGACCAAGCUCCAUCUACCUGUCCCUGGCAUGCAAGCUCGCGACGUUGAGCACGGGGAUCCCCACCUUACGGCUGGAUUACCGGGCGCCGGCGCGGAACCGAUACUGCGUGCAGGACGUCAGGGCGGCCAUGGCCUACCUGGAGGACAUGUACGGGCUGAACCGGUUCAUCCUGGUGGGGUGGUCCUUCGGAGGGGCGCCGGUGUUCACGGUCGCGGGCGGCGACAAGCGGGUGGUCGGUUGCGCGACGGUGGCGAGCCAGACGGCGGAGACGGAGGGGAUACGCAAGCUGGCGCCGCGGCCGUUGCUUCUUCUCCACGGCACGGCGGACCGCACGCUGAGCUCGACGUGCUCGGAGAGGCUGUUCUCUAUGUAUGGCGACCGGAGAAACGGGCGGCUCCAACUGUUCGAAGGCGAUAAUCACGUUCUCAGCGGCAAUGCGCAGGCCGCCGAGGCCAUGCUGUGCGAUUUUAUCGCUUCUUGUGCGGGCCUGCGCAUAGGUGAGGAGGAGCACGCCAUGGUUGUUGAGGAGGAGCUCAUCCAGGACGGCGAGAGGAAGUCUUUGAUGAAGAGGGGAGGCGACCUCAGAGCGCCGGAGACGGAGGACUAAGGUCAGGAUGCCAUCUCUCUUCUUUUCAGCUAUACAAGAACGGAACAAAGAAACCCGCCCCCCCCAAGAACCCACAGAAACGUCUGU